GUCACCGUCAAUGGUAAACCUAAGCCAAUGGGAUUCGCAAGAGGCCACGAAUGGGUGGGGCUUCAGCCAUUUGCGUCCGCAAACGUUGUUGGAAGAGAAGUCGAUUCAAGAAGCCAUUACGCUGCGCAAUAGUGUCAGGACAAAAACGUACUAUUUUUACGUAUUCUACGCAAUUUUACAUCACCCCCCCCUCCGUAAGUCCAAUUAAGCACUUGCUAAUGGCAUCUCAGGCCAAAAAGAGGAAAACUAAUUUCUCCGAAAGGGAGGUGGAGAUCAUCGUGGAGGAGAUGGAGAAGCAAAAACACAUUUUGGUGAAUCACUUUAACGCGGGCGUCACGCACAUCGCCAAGAACAGCGCGUGGACGGAGAUCCUGAAGCGCGUGAACGCCGUGAGCACCUGCCAGCGCGAGCUCGCGGAGGUCAAGAAGAAAUGGUCCGACCUCAAGACGGAGGUGCGGCGCAAAGUGGCCCAGGCGCGCGCGGCCAUGGAGGGCACGGGCGACUGCGGCAGCGUUCCCGUCAUCCUCAGCUCCAUGCAGCAGCGCAUCUGCAACCUGCUGGGAGAGGCCACCAUCAUCAGCCUUCCCGCGGCGGAGGCUGCCGCCGAGAUCACGGUGCCCCUGGGCUCCGCCGCCGCCGCCGCGUUGACGCAAAGUAAGACACUGGCGUUACCGCUGCGCAUUCAGCCGGCGUCUGCAGCGGCGUGCGAGAUAAAAACCCUUGAAGCCGAGACGACGUACCACACGCUGGAGGAGGGCAUGGUGGAGUACUGCACCACCGAGGCGCCGGUGACCGUCACGGCAGAGGCUCCGGUGGAGAUGCUGGCGCAGGCCGAGUGCAAGCCGCAGGAGCUGAAGAGCCGCAUCGCGCUCAACUCGGCCAAGCUGCUGCAGGAGCACCGCGUCACCAACCUGCACGUGCGCGAGAUCGCCCAGCACCUGGAGAACCAGAGCGACCUGCUGCAGAUGAUCCGCCGCUCGCAGGAGGCCCAGGCCUGCGCCCAGGAGAGACAGGCCCAGGCUCUGGAGGGAACGCAGGCCGCCCUGCUCGCCCUCAUCCAGAUGUUCAGACCCGCUCUCAAGGACUUGAGGAAGUUUCUGCAGAACGCCAACAGCGCCAACACCGCUCCGCCGGCCGCCGCCGAGACCGGAGAAGGAGCGGAAAACGUGCCACCACAGACAGAAGAUGCACAGUAGAGACGUGUGUGUGUGUGUGUGUGUGUGUGUGUGUGUGUGUGUGUGUGUGUGGGAGAGACGGUCUGGUCCAGAAUAGACCGUAAAUUAUUGUACAGCUCGGUGCUCAUGUGUGCGAACGCUUCCCGGGAUGCAGUGAAAAGAGGACUUUUACGGGCGUUUUAAACAAGUGGCCAAAAAAAAAAGAUUUUUGACUCUUUAAAGAUGCUGUGAAGUCUUUUCGGUGGCUUGAAAGUCAGGUCGCGACACGUUUUAAUUCAAUUUUUGGUGCGCAGCCGACCCUAAAGCAAACCCAGUCCGGGCCGGAGACCUACAGGAGACACGAUUGCCGCGAGGACGGGCGGUGAUGGACGACUUUGUGGAGGCUUUUUGUUUCUUUAGCUUUCGAGAAUUUGCCGUUUUUAUUUAAGUACGCUAAAUAAAGAAACUCCACACGUG